AUGAAUUGCACAAAACAUUUAAUAACCAAAUAUUCUACUUUAGUUCAUUGUCAUAUCACCUCAUAUAGUUACAACAUAUUAUCUACCAGACCAGAGUUUAACUUGAAUCAAACCAGUAUAGUUAGAUGUUCCGAUUUAUAUUUAAAGUAUAAUAUAUACAUAUGUCUUUUAUUAUUAGCUUUAUUGGAUUCUACUUGUUUAAUGUGUUAA